UGGUCGACUGAAUAUGUGUUUUUUGUACAUGUAGAAGUUCAUAAUAAUUUGUCACAUUUUAUAGUGAAUUGAAGUUAUUUUAUCUUGAAAUACUAUUAGGUAACUGUAUGGUACUGCAUAACUACUAUACUCGACCACUGAGUCACGAAAAUGACAACGUCUUCGGAGGACGUGUUGCUCAGCGUAAGCUACGUGAGAUAUAAAAAGGGAGAUGGUACAUUAUAUGUGAUGAACCAGAGGUUGGCUUGGAUGUUGGAAAAUCGUGAUACAGUAGCUGUGUCUCACAAGUACGCUGAUAUCAAAGCUCAAAAAAUUUCACCUGCUGGUAAGAGUAAGGUACAACUGCAAGUAGUAUUACAUGAUGGGACGUGUUCCACGUUCCAUUUCGUUAAUCCAGCGGGUCCAAAGGCACAAGCAAAAGAGAGGGACCAGGUCAAGUCAUUGUUGCAAAUGUUACUUCCCAAGUUCAAGAGACAAAUUGAUGGAGAGCUGGAAAUGAAAUCUAGAAUACUGUCACUCCAUCCAACCCUGAAGCAUUUAUAUGAGGAUCUCGUGAUAUCAAAAGUGAUAAACAGUGAGGAGUACUGGAAUACUCCUACUCUGAAAAAUUAUACAGAAAAUACUAAUACUAACCAGGAAGCAGGUGUGUCUGGAGCUUUUUUAGCUGACAUACAGCCACAGACGGAUGGAUGUAAUGGUCUCAAGUACAAUCUCACUCAAGAUGUUAUAGAUGCAAUAUUUAAAACAUAUCCUGCUGUUAGGAAGAAACAUAUUGACUAUGUUCCUAACAAAAUGACCGAAGCUGAAUUCUGGACUAAGUUUUUUCAGUCCCAUUAUUUUCAUAGGGACCGAAUAGCAUCAUCUUCUAGUAAAGAUUUAUUCGGCGAAUGUGCUAAAAUGGACGACCAUGCGAUUUCAUCUGCCAUGAAACAUACGACACUAGACAUGACUGUGGAUUUGCCUCAAUUCUCGGAACCAGUGCCCCUCCUUCCAGCCGAAGAAGAACCGCCCCAAGAAAAAGAACGAGGGGACAACACGUCAAUACAUCGUAACAUGAUUAAGCGAUUCAAUCAACAUUCAAUAAUGGUGCUCAAAGCUAGUCAUAAAACAAAUUGUAAUAAUAAUAAUAACAACAGCAAUAGCAAUAAAAAUUCAAAUCAUAAUAAUAACAAAAUCGUCGAGAAUGGCAGAAUAAAGGAAACCAAUGGUGUAGCGGAGAAGCGGCAUAAAACUGCGGAGGAGACAUGCGAUGGCGAACAACCCGAGAAAAAGAAAAGAAUAUUGGAAAAGAUUCAUUACGAAGACUUAGAAAAUUCAAAUAAAUCAGAAGAGGCACAGGAACUAAAGUUAUCUAAGAUAGAAAGAUAUUUACUAGGACCAUCUUCGCAAAUCAACCAAAUGAACGCAAUUACGAACAGCUCACCUCCGUUAUCGGCAUUGGCUUCUAUUUGUCAGGCGUGGUCGAACGGUCAGCAGUGUCAAAGACCAGUAAGGCUGAGUGCGGCGGCGGCGGUGGGUGCGCUUGGUGAGCUCAGUCCCGGUGGCGCCCUCAUGCGGCAACACCAUGCAGCUUCAAUGGCACAACUAAUUCCAGCAGAUGUGAAGGCAGAGCUGCAUCGCAUAUAUUUGUCCGGUGGUGAGUUGCUGCGGGAGCUCUGGAGAUGUUUCCCGCAGCCGGGGUCAGCCGCGGAUACCGAGGACACUGUAGUCAGAGCCGAGAAAUUUUACGAGGCCCUGCUACGAUUUAGGAAUGUGAAAUUGAGGCCAUUUGAGGAGAAAAUGCUCAGAGACCUUACCCCUCUUGCUACAUCGUUGACGAAACAUAUGAACCAGAUGAUCGAUACGGCUUGCUCAAAAUACGUAGUUUGGCAACAAAGACAAGCUAAACUACGGUAGUAUUGGCUUUUAUCACUCUUUCGAAGAGUUGACAUGAAAAUAUUUAGAUAUUUUAUUUCAGUGUUUCAAAUGGAUUAUGAAGCUGCUAACUAUCACGAGUUAUUGCGUCAUGUAUGUAUAUUAUAUAAUACAUUUACAAAACCAUAUUUACAAUACAAUAAUA